UCAUUUUGAGACGAUCAAACGAGAAAGCCACCAGUGUCAAAAUACAAAAAAAAUACAAAUUCCAUUUUCAAAAAUGCAUAUUUACUCUCUAGCCAUUGUUUUGGCAGUUGUGGUGGUGAGUGAGUGUGGGCACACAUUUUUGGGGACAAGUGUUUUAAGGCCUCUGGUGUUCCACAAGGAGGUUCGGUAUCCAGCCAAGGUUCUGGUGAAGAGGAUUGAGAAUUUUAACUUCACUCUGCCAUCUGUUCCUGGUGUUUAUAAUAGAAGUAUUCAGGGUAUCCUAGCGUACGACCUAACCAACUCCGGCGCAUCAGCCAACGUGACGCAGGGCGGUCUCGGUCACAACUUCGUGAACAUUCGGAUGAAGAGCGAUCGCUACAAGGAGAUACAUUAUGAUAUUUAUAUUUAUGCUUAGAUUGUAAUUUACUUAAAGUAUUUAACAAAAACAAAAUGUAUGAACGAUUUAAAAUAGGAAUAAUACCUAUAUGAACCU